UUAAAGAAGCAACCUUAGCGUACGCAGCUGUUUAACCGCGCUCAUUUCGGGACUUUUUUCAUGCGGCCCGUACGACUUUGGGCUCCUUAUUCCGCAGACUUUGUAGACUACACAAUUACUACACUAUAGAAAUCUUUGUCUUAUUCUCACAGUUGUAGAUAUAUCUAAUAAACCGGGCUUAUUCUAGUAUUCAGGAUAAGGUCUAUGAUAUCACCACUGAUUAUAUAAUCUGUGAUAGUACUAUCUUGAAUCGUGGUGGACAGUUGUGUUGUGAUGACUGUCACUUCUACAUUGUUCUAAGACGAUAUUACGACGUAUUCUAUAGGUAUUAAAUAUUAAUUUCUAAAUUCUCGUUGAUCAAACAACACGAUAAUAUUAAUACUAUAAGAUAAAAUUGAUUUACUAUUUUACCGUGGAAAAUCGUCGGGAGAUCAUGUCGAGAUAUCCAUCUGAAAGACGACUUGUAAAAGAAUUAAGAUCCUUUGUUAAUGAGCCGCCUGAAGGAAUGUCCGUAGAUGCCGAACAAACCGAACAAAAUCUUAAAAUUUGGAUUGUAUAUAUGAAAGGUGCGAAAGGUACUUUAUUUGAUGGCGAAAAGUUUCAACUACAAUUCAAAUUUGAUGGAGUAUAUCCUUUUGAGGCACCUGAAGUUAUAUUUGUAGGCGAUAACAUUCCAGUCCAUCCACAAGUAUAUAGUAAUGGCCAUAUAUGUUUAUCUAUUCUUUCUGAUGAAUGGUCACCAGCAUUAACUGUUCAGGCUGUCUGUGUUUCAAUUAUGUCUAUGCUGAGCAGCUGCAAAAAAAAGGAAAGGCCUGAAGAUGAUCGUAAGUACGUACUUACUUUGGGUAACAAAAGUCCAAAAUCCACAAAAUUGGAUUUUAGUAGAAAGGAGUUAUAAAGUACUGACUAUCUAUUAUAUUAUAUUUUUACUAUAUGUAUUUUUAUUACUAUUAUUAUUCAAGAAGAUGUCUCGCUGAACAUGUUCGUAAUAUAUUCUAAUUUAGUGACAA